CCUCCCCCCAAUAGUAAACUCCUUCCUACGCCCUUGGCUGCGCCCAUUGACGUUUGAUUUCCAGUCAUUUCUUGGCGCACAUUCAAAAUAAGCCCCGGGGAAGGAAAAAAAAUGGUGUGGACCAGCGAGUCGCUGACGUCCCGUAGCGAUUGUUCUCCGUCCUGAAACGCCGCGUGACAGUCAGCAACCCAACUCCAACUCCGCGUCACUGUUUGCUAAGCCAGUUUGACGCCUCUACCGUGUGACGACGAAGUGUGUUUCUGUUUCUCUCUCUCUUUGUUGCGCUAGCACGCGCGUGCUAGUUUUCCUGGCUCCACACCGAGAAUGAGCAUAUUCCAGCGAGACAAGGGCUCAGCAGCCCCUGCUCCAGUGGUCCCACCUAAAACCACUAAGGAGGAGCUAGACAAUCCCAGCAGGCACAACCAGAACAGACAGGAGCCUGGAGAUGGCUCAAAGAUGAUGGGGGUGAUGGGAGUUAUGCAGAAGGUUAAUCCCUUCAAGUCCACCUCUCAGGCCUCGUCCACGGUCAGUAAAGCUGCCUCCGCAGAAUCAGUGGAACAUGCAGCAGACUCUGCACAGAACCCUGGUAUGCUGAAAUGGGUCAUGCAGAAGGUCAACCCAUUCAAGUCUGCCUCACAGGUACCCAAAGAGCCAUCCUCUGGAUGCCAGUCUCUGGAGCAGGGAAAAGAAGACCAUACUCAGAACCCUGGCAUGUUGAAAGGAAUGAUGCAGAAAGUCAACCCCUUCAAGUCCUCUGCACAGAUGCCAAAGAAUGAUCAUCCAGAUGAUUGUGCACAUCCACAAGAGAUUGGAACGGAGCUUCAGGAUAAACAAGAAAACCAGGGCGAUACUGACAACCCUGCCAGCUCUGAAAGCUUGGAUGACAGCACAAUAGAGAGACAUGAAGAAUGCUUACAGGAAGAUCGAAAAAGUAUCCACAGCUAACGAGAAGAAUUCUUACAGGAAGAUCGAAAAAGUAUCCACAGCUAACGAGAAGAAUGCUUACAGGAAGAUCGAAAAAGUAUCCACAGCUAACGAGAAGAAUGCUUACAGGAAGAUCGAAAAAUUAUCCACUACUUAUGGUAAAAAUGCUAAUCAUUUUAGUAAAUACUGCUUCAGCCAUUGUUGUUUUUGGCAACCAUUUGAAUUUUAGUAUUAGUCUUAGCCUUUUGGACGGGAAAGCUUCUUAGUUUUAGUCAGUUUUAGUUGACAAAAAAAUCAUUCUCACUUUGGCAACUGGGACUUUAUCUCUCAGAAUUUGCUGAAGUGCAAGAUUUGUAGUGGUUUUCCAACAAGUUUUAAUCGACAGUUA